CCCGGCUGUGGCUCCCCGACGGUGGCUCCCGGCGGCCAGUCGGACAGGACGGGGAGGGCGCCUUCGGGACAGAUACCUUUUUGGAAAGAUGGUUCUUCAUUUGAACUCAUUUCUUUGCUUCCCUGUUGUACUCUUGCACCAUUGGUUGGGGACAACUUUGUCUUUGAAUCUGGAAGAUCCCAAUGUGUGUAGCCACUGGGAAAGUUACUCAGUUACAGUGCAAGAGUCAUAUCCACAUCCUUUUGAUCAAAUUUACUACACCAGUUGUACUGACAUCCUGAACUGGUUUAAGUGCACACGACACAGGAUCAGUUACCGGACUGCCUACAGACAUGGUGAAAAAACAAUGUAUAGGCGUAAAUCCCAGUGCUGCCCUGGAUUUUAUGAAAGCAGGGAAAUGUGUGUCCCUCAUUGUGCUGAUAAAUGUGUCCAUGGUCGUUGUAUUGCUCCAAACACCUGUCAGUGUGAGCCUGGCUGGGGAGGACCCAACUGCUCCAGUGCCUGUGACAGUGACCACUGGGGACCUCACUGCAGCAGCCGCUGCCAGUGCAAAAAUGGAGCCUUGUGCAAUCCCAUCACUGGUGCCUGCCACUGUACAUCGGGUUUCAAAGGCUGGCGCUGCGAGGAGCGCUGCGACCAAGGGACCUAUGGCAACGACUGCCACCAAAAGUGCCAGUGUCAAAAUGGAGCCACCUGCGACCAUGUGACUGGAGAAUGCCGAUGUCCUCCUGGAUACACUGGUGCCUUCUGCGAGGACCUCUGCCCCCCAGGGAAGCAUGGGCCACAGUGUGAGGAGAGGUGCCCAUGCCAGAAUGGAGGUGUCUGUCACCAUGUCACCGGGGAGUGUGCCUGCCCACCAGGAUGGACGGGCAUGGUCUGUGGUCAACCUUGUCCUGAGGGACAUUACGGGAAAAACUGUUCCCAGGAGUGCCAGUGCCACAACGGAGGGAUGUGUGACUCAGCAACAGGUCAAUGCAGUUGCAGCCCAGGUUACACAGGGGAACGGUGCCAAGAGGAGUGUCCAGUGGGGACUUACGGAGUGCAGUGUGCUGAGACCUGCAAGUGUAUGAAUGGUGGGAAAUGUUACCAUAUUAGUGGUGCCUGUCUCUGUGAACCAGGAUACACUGGAGAGCACUGUGAAACGAGGCUUUGCCCUGAGGGAAUUUAUGGUCUCAAGUGUGAUAAAAAGUGUCCCUGCCACAUGCCCAACACCUGGAGCUGUCACCCUAUGUCUGGAGAAUGCUCCUGCAAGCCAGGUUGGUCUGGACUCUACUGCAAUGAGACAUGUUCCCCAGGAUUCUACGGCAAGUCAUGUCAGCAAAUCUGCAGCUGCCAAAACGGCGCUGACUGCGAUAGUGUGACUGGAAAAUGCACCUGUGCCCCUGGAUUUAAGGGUGCUUCUUGUGGUACUCCUUGUCUUCCGGGUACAUAUGGAGUAAACUGUUCAUCUGUGUGCAUCUGCAAAAACGAAGCCAUCUGUUCACCGGUAGAUGGUUCUUGUACCUGCAAAGCAGGUUGGCACGGUGUAGAUUGCUCAAUAAAUUGUCCCAGCGGUACCUGGGGACUUGGGUGCAACCUGACAUGCCAGUGUCUUAAUGGAGGGGCUUGCAAUGCUCUGGAUGGAACCUGUACCUGUGCCCCAGGCUGGAGAGGAGAAAAAUGUGAACUCCCUUGCCAGGACGGCACAUAUGGAAUGGAUUGUGCAGAACGCUGUGACUGCAGUCAUGCGGACGGUUGUCAUCCCACCACGGGUUACUGUCGCUGCCUACCGGGAUGGUCAGGCAUUCAUUGUGACAGUGUGUGUGCGGAGGGACAGUGGGGUCCAAAUUGCUCCUUAUCUUGUUACUGCAAAAAUGGAGCAUCCUGCUCUCCAGAUGAUGGAAUCUGUGAGUGUGCGCCAGGAUACAGAGGCACCACUUGUCAGAGAAUUUGUUCCCCUGGAUUUUAUGGACACCGCUGCAGCCAGACAUGCCCCCAGUGUGUACACAGCAGUGGUCCCUGCCACCAUAUCACAGGCUUAUGUGACUGCUUACCUGGAUUUACAGGAGCCCUCUGUAAUGAAGUAUGUCCCAGUGGCAGAUUUGGCAAGAACUGCAUUGGAAUAUGCACCUGCACCAAUAAUGGAACGUGUAAUCCUAUUGACAGAUCCUGUCAGUGUUACCCUGGCUGGAUUGGUAGUGACUGCUCUCAGCCUUGCCCUCCUUCUCACUGGGGACCAAACUGCAUCCACACAUGCAACUGCCAUAAUGGAGCUUACUGCAGUGCCUAUGAUGGAGAGUGCAAAUGUACCCCAGGAUGGACUGGCCUUUACUGUACCCAAAGAUGUCCCCUAGGGUUUUAUGGGAAGGACUGUGCAUUGACAUGCCAGUGUCGGAAUGGAGCAGACUGUGACCACAUCAGUGGGCAGUGCACCUGCCGCACAGGGUUCAUGGGCAAGCACUGCGAGCAGAAAUGUCCUCACGGCACAUACGGGUACGGCUGCCGGCAGACGUGCGACUGUCUGAACAACUCAACCUGUGACCACAUCACGGGAACGUGCUACUGCAGCCCGGGCUGGAAAGGGGCCAGGUGUGAUCAAGCUGGUGUAAUCAUAGUGGGAAAUUUGAACAGUUUAAGCCGUACCAGUACUGCUCUCCCUGCUGAUUCUUACCAGAUAGGGGCUAUAGCAGGCAUUAUCGUUCUUGUCCUGGUUGUGCUUUUCCUGUUAGUGCUGUUCAUCAUUUACAGACAUAAGCAGAAAGGAAAAGAAACAAAUAUGCCUACAGUGACCUAUACCCCUGCUAUGAGGGUCAUCAACACAGAUUACACCAUUUCAGAAACCAUGCCUCACAGUAAUGGUGGAAAUGCUAACAGUCACUAUUUCUCUAACCCUAGUUAUCAUACUCUAACUCAAUGCACUACUCCACCUCAUGUCAACAACAUGGACAGACUGACGCUGGCAAAGGCAAAAAACAGUCAGCUAUUUGUGAACCUUAAAAAUGUGGAACCUGGAAAACGAGGCACUGUCGUGGACUAUACAGGAACACUGCCUGCAGACUGGAAACAUGGUGGCUACCUCAAUGAGCUUGGUGCUUUUGGACUUGAUAGAGGAUAUUUGGGCAAGUCCCUGAAAGAUCUAGUGAAGAACUCAGAAUACAAUUUAAGCAGUUGCUCAUUAAGUAGUUCUGAGAACCCAUACGCUACUAUAAAAGACCCACCAGCUCUUGCACCAAAAAGUUCAGAAUGCGGGUAUGUUGAAAUGAAGUCACCAGCUCGCAGGGACUCUCCAUAUGCUGAGAUUGCCAGCUCUGCUUCAGCCAAUAAGAAUGUUUAUGAAGUUGAACCUACGGUGAGUGUUGUCCAGGGAGCAUUCAGCAGCAGUGGACGUUUCAGCCAGGAUCCUUACGAUCUUCCAAAAAACAGCCAUAUUCCAUGUCACUAUGACUUGCUACCAGUUCGAGAUAGCCCCACAUCCUCUUUGAAAGAGGUCAGCAGUGAAUGACCCCACAAGCUAACGUGCAGCACAGCGGAACUCUCAAGGGGCAAAGUGGCAUGGCAGUGCUUCCUCCUCUAGUUUACCAUCAUACUUGGCUCCUGAUCUGUCCAGCAGACAAUUGCUGUACAUUAAAUGGAAUCUCAACAUGAGGUUUGUAUUGUGUAUAGAAGUGACAGAUGGACAAAUGCCACUCUCUGGGGAUCCAGAUCAUUCUUUUUUUCAUGGCAGUAAAUUUUAUAGAAACAGGUUAUACAGCACAUUUAUACUGUAAUAUACUGGCUUAAAAAUACUAGUUUGCAGAUCAGUUUUGAUAAGAUCCCAUGUCAGUGACUUUUAACUACGGACUUCACGUUUGUCAUGUUUCAGAGUAGAAAUACUCCCAGGACAGUGCAAUUUACCAAAUACCACUUCACACUGGGGAUCUAUUUCACUAGUUACGUAGAAGAAAAACUGCCUUGCCAAAUUUUACCUUCUGUUCUGGUCUUUAUUCGAGACAUGUUAAGAAGCAAGUUCUGACGGGGAUAAGUAAGCACAAUACUACAGUUCUUUGGGAAAUCCAUCAUCAGGCCUUUUUGUCCAUUACUGGUGGUGGGCAUACCUUGCUGGAAUAGUUUUGGAGAUAAAAGCAUUGCAUACAUCAAUAUUAUAUGAUGCCUCAAGAUCUCUUGGUACUCCACAUGUUGCAGUUCUGACCACUAUUUCUGCCGUACACAACUGAUUAUCCAUAGCAUAUCAGUACUUCAUAAAGUAUGUAAAUGAAAUCAGUUUAUUUUUGUCACCAUGGACUGAUUGUGUAAGGAGUGGACAAAGGUGAUGACUGCUGUAAAUCUUAACUGCAAGGAAAGGUUUACAUUUUAUAAACAGGUAGUAAUAAUGACUGUAAUAUAGUAGAGUGUUUUCAUUUUUUUCUCUUAGAAAUAACUAAGCAGUCUCUGUGCAUAUUUGUUAAAAAGGCACUUUUUCUUUUUUAUAGCUGAUGUAGGGAAACACAUGCUUAAGCUGGUCUUUUGCAUUGCUAAUAAUGUGACACAGGUACCCCCCUUCUUCAUUAACUUCUGUCUCCAUUUUUACGCUGUGUGUCUGUGUUUCUAGUGAUCUAGCUUGUAAUUACAAAAGUAUUCUGCUGUGUGUCCAUUUGUUUUGCAUUUUUGCCAACUGGCCUUUAUUUUAUCUGAUUAAAGGGACCUCUGUGCAGAGGGAGAGGAUUAAAGUAAGAAUUCAUGUUAUACUGAUGCCUGUCAGAGGUGAUUGUCUAACACAUAAUAGCUUAACCUAAUGAAUUUAUUGAGAGGGGAAAAAACCCCAGGGUGUUUUUGUCGAGGAUAACAAAAAGAAUGCAGAAAAAAAGUAAAAAAAAAAAAACAGUCCCUCUUUAAAAUCUAGCUUAGUCUGUUCAGUUAUGGAUAGAGACCAUCUUUCCAAAAUACUCCUUUCUCUCCCUUCCAAACAGUCUGCUGUGAAUGGUGGUAAUUAGAUUUGCCAAGAUAUUUGUCCAUGGAAUCAAAAUUGUCCCUUGAACAUGUCAGCCUAAAAAUAAAAUUACUGAUAUAGGUUAUAUGUUCUCUUUCAGUCAAAAGUUACCUUUAGACAUCCAAAAAUGCUGUGGCAGUAUGACUUGCAGCUGCUUCUGCUGUCAGUGAUGCUGCUCACUAACAUGCUGGUAACAUCACCCCAGCAGGCUUUUCCACAUUAGCCUGGCAGGAACUCUGUUGUUUCUUGUGAAGAGCUUGUCCCCGGCGUUGGUGUAUUGCCAACUGAGGGGGAAAGGAUACAAGGAAGCUGCAUUGUAUGGCAUAUAAUGGGGAGCACUAGUCCUCACUUCUUUCAGCUUUGGGGUUGUAUCUUGGCACACAACCUGUGAUACACUGUAAUGAAUGAUGUGAAGGGCAGCUGGUAGGUCAAGAGCUGGGUGCUUGCGCUCUCCAGCUUAGAAGAGGGAGCACCACAGCAGUUUUUAACUCUGCAUUUGGACUGCAAUACAGUCUGAGACAAAGAUUUAUCACUAUUGUGACAACAUGGAAUAUAUAUUCCUAAGAAAAUCAUGACCAGUUGCCUUUGGAAUACUACACUCAGAAUACUUUGGAAUACUAUUCCACAGGAUCAACUGGAACAAAAACUGAAAAAAAGUGGACAGGUUUUUUAAAAGGAUCCCCAAAGCAGAAAUGGUAAUAAAAUUUGCUUUUAUUUGUUAUCACUGAGAUGAUGCUAAAUGAGAGACCUACAUCUGAAGACAUCAUUGCUGAUGUGCCCAAGCCUGAGAAUGUACAUGCCUGUUACAAAGUGCCCCAUAACAUUCUUGGAUCUUGCUGACCAUGACCACUGGCCCUCUCUGGGAAUUUCUUGUAUAUCCUUGGACUAAAUAAUUUUAUUAUAUUUGGAUUUUGUAAGUAGAGAAGUUAACUACAAGAUUUCCAAAGCUAGUUACCAUUUAAUCCCUCUGUGAGACAGAGUAUUGAUUGGGUUUGAUUACUUAUAGAAAAUAUGUAGAGCUGCUGGCAUAUAUGUUGUUGUACUGUGUGAAACAGACUUUAAAAUAAAACCUUUCUUCUCUGAAGCCAUGGGUAGUAAAUGUUGUAAUUAGCAGCUGUGAGCACAGAAAAAUUUGUUUUCUAACUCUGUAAAGUUUCGAGGCCACUAGAUAAAUUAAUCAUCAAAAUAUAACCAACUCUUUUUUUUACGUGAAAAAGAGAGGAAUAAGUGGUACUUGUUUGAAAAAUUCCAGUAUGUCACCUGCCCUCAAGUGACAUAUUCAGCCAAACAGUCGUGAACACAGAUGAGUUUUGAACAAUUUUGCCUAUUGUGUAUGUCCUAAACAUACACCUUACCAAAGUCUACCUUUCUGUUUGUGGAUUUGUAAUAUGUGUAGGCCAAGUAAACUUCUUGUGAAUUUUCUUCAGUGGUUGAUCAUUGUUGGUGGACAUCAUUGUUGGUAGACGUUCAGUAAACAGAUUGCCUGCUGGGGUGAUACAUUCUUGUUCAAUCAUAGCUGUGUAUCGUUCCAGAGUUUAAAAAGCACAUGGGACUUGCAUUAGCAAUCUUGCUAUCUCCCAUAUGAUGAAGGAGGCCUGCUCUGGAAUACACUCAGCUAUCAAUUUAAGAGAGCCCUGUCUCAGUCUUCAUGACUGUCAUACAGCCUUUUCUGGAGAUCCCAGUGUACUAUGGAGAACUUAAAUGUUUCUGAACAUGCAUUCUAUAUGGUAGUGGGAACUUAACAAGUAAAUGGAUAUAAUAAUUUUAGCGAACAUCAUCUACUGAGAGAACUGGCUUCACCACAAACAGAAAUGGAAAGAGAAGCCUUGCCUCUAUUCACAUUACAAUAGCGAGAAACAUGGCAAUGAAAAUGGAAAUAGCUAUCCUGUAGCAACUUGCUAUCGGUUUUAUAAAGUGCAAAAUGUUGCACAAAUUUAAUAGCUGAUUUUAAAGUAAGUAGCAAGUAUAAACUUUAGGUUUUACAUAAUGUAAGCAUAUUAAUUCUGGUCAUUUAGAAGUAUAAUGAACCUCAAGGCUUUUUACUGUAUCAAAGAUUUUUAAUCACAACACACUGUUACAUGUAAAAUUUGUCCUUAUCUUGACCUACCUGGAGAGCUCCCAAUAAUUUUAAUUGGAGAUGCAGAUUACUGGAGAAAGAGAAUUUCAUUUUACUCAUACUUCCUGCUGAGACAAUCUGCAAAGUCAAGUUAAUACUGAGUGAAGUUAGGAUAACACAAAAUCAAGAGUGAGGAAUGUGUUAUUUAGAAUAUAUUGAAUUUCCCAGGUACUGUGACUACAAUUGAAUUUUUUAUUAGAUAUGUGUCCAAAUAAUAAUAAUCAUUAUACUGAAUUUCUGAAAUCCAGACUGAAGAAUACAGAGCUAAUUUUGACAAAAAUGCUUUAUAUCAAAAAUUGUGUCUAUAGUAGUUUAAAUGACUGAAAAUAAAUGAGUGGAUGUUUAUUAAUUAUUAUGCAGAAAAUCUUGACAUUUGGUACAUUCAUGUUAGUGCUAGAGCACUGAACCUCACUCCACUAUCUUCAGAUUUUUAGCCCACAGACUUCACUUUGAUAUGAUUGAACUGUAAUAUAUUUUUAAAGAGAAUUACCAAGUAUGCUCAGCUUCUUUUCUUAGAUGUAACAAAAAACUGUUCUGUUGUGAAACUAUAUCUGUUUUCCAAAGAUGACUGAUGAUCAUCAUUCUGCCCUUCACUACCAUUUAUUUCACAUCACAUACCUGUAGGUUAAUGUAAUAAAGUUUCUAAUAAAAGAUGGGAAUUACUUUGA